CACAUUAUGGUAGAAGGUUCUAGAGCGACAGUAAGCUACACCCCCAACACAGAGCUAGAUUACGGUACACUUCUCUGCUGGGGAUCCAAUUCUGUGGGUGUUCAGCGGCAUCCCUGUGUCUUUCACGUGUUCCCUGCUGGCCCUCCUGAUCCUGUACACAACUGUUCAGUGUACAAUCUCUCAGUGACGGUAGUGAACGUCCGAUGUCUAGCAGGAUUUGAUGGUGGUCUGCCGCAGACUUUCAUCCUCGAGUUAUAUGACCCUCACACGAACGUCUUAAUCGGGAAUACGACUAACGUGGUGCCGAAGUUCUCAGUGCCAGGUUUGCCUCCUGGCGUGGGUCUGCUGGGCGUGGUCUACUCCACCAACGCAAAGGGGCGUGGCCAAAUGAUCAAUCUGCAGGUGUUCACACUAAAAGACGUGGCGGAGAGACGUACAGCCGCAGUGAAGCCGCCCCCGCACGCCAGCGUCUCCUCCGUCAGGAUAACCGCCAUCAUCGCAGUCGUGAUGGGCGUCUUAGGCGGUCUCCUCGUCGUGGCCAUCCUCAUCUGCGCCGUCCUCAGACUCAGGGAUGGGCGUGGAGACGUGGGCGCGGGGCCGAGAGCGGCGGAGGUCAAGGCGAAGGAGCGUGGGCGUGAGAGGCCGCAGGAAGGAGGCGGGCAGGACGAAGGGGCGGCCAAGACGGCGCUGACGACGAGCCUGAAGGAGGUCCAAGCGCGAGCCGGCUCCCCGAGGGACUACGACGAGAAGAACCCGGAUGUGAUUCCACACUCAGACUCCGAAUCAUGGCCUGCCGAGGGAGUUAACACGAUCAGUUCAGCGUCUCUGCCUCCCACGUACUCUGCUCUGCCAAGGACCUCCGCGCAGGUGUAUUCGCAUGGAAAUUAUCAGCAGGCCCAAUGCGGCAGCGACGUGCAGUACGCCGAACUCCUGCUCUCCGGGACGACCAUCACGACCACCCCCCGCCCGCACGACCAGCACAAGGUCAUCUACACGACCCUGGACCACAAACACAUCCUCCCCCACUACCCUUCCCCUCAGCCCCACCCCUCCUACACCCACCCGUCCCUCCCUCCCUCCACCUCGUCCCCAUCCCCUCCCACGCACCUCCUCCAGCAGGGGGGGUCCCAGCACCACCUCGGAGGUACGUGGACGACCUCCUGCGGCACGACCUCGCCGCGGCAGCCUCUCCUCCGUCGGGAUUCCCACGUCGACGACCCUCUCAAGGCCGACCCUGAGGCGCGGGUUCCUCUCAUCUCGAACCAGAAGGAGAGUUCUGUUUAAGGAUGAUACGAGCAGCACAUGAAAAAUAUACAUAUUAAAUUGAAAA